GGGGUGGUGGGGUGGACAGCAGAGACCCAAACCAUCUUUCUGUGUCUUCGCUCAAAGGAGCAACUUCUCAUCAGAACAACUGUGUUUGUUACCACAGGUUCAGACCCAUUAUAGCUUCAUUUCUUYAAAUAUCUCUCUUUUUAAAUAUUUGCAUGAAAUAUUUUGGAAUUUUAAGCUUUUUUUUCUGAGCCCUGUCAGACAGUUUGUCUCCAGUUCUGACCUGAGACACCGACAGGCUUGUAAGGACUGUGAGCGACCAGAAGGAGGAGGGGAAAACCUCAAAAGGCUGCGCAGAAACAACAUGUGCGUUCUGACGGAUCACUUCAACUCUGACAGAUCGGACAUGACAGGCAGCCUCAUCAUGUGUCUCUCUGGAUCAGGACGCAAAUAAAGCUCCAUCAUAAGUUGUACUGACAGACAGAAACAACUGCAACUGAUGGAUUUCAGGAAAUGUGAGUUUUAUGUGAGGAACAAUAAAAGGUCUGAAGUUUGUAUCAUUCUAAAACUGCACCAGAGGGACGAGGACAGCCACGCUCUGAGAGAAACAGGCGCUUCUCUGUGACGGGUUUCACUCCGAAGACUUCACCAUCAUGAUGGAGAAACUGAAACACGCUGCUCUGCCUGCAUCGCCCCAAGAACAGAUGGGUCGCCCUGCCUCCCCCGCCUCCUCGUUUUCUUCUGCCUCCUCGCCGUCCUGUGCGUCCGAGGAGCAGCACAGUCCCCUGAACUCUAACUCAGACCCCUUGGAUGUCAUCAGAACUCCCCACCUCGUGAAAUCAAAGCAAACGGAGAAGGUCUCCAUGUCGACGCAGCCUCCCGUCAUCCUGACAACAGUGAUGACCAGUCACCAAGUCGGUACAACUGAUGCUCCUGAGCCUGUCAUCAUGGAGAUGAAGCAGGAGAACAGGGCAGACAAACUAMAACACAUCUCUGCUGCCCGGACGGACGAGUCGCCGCGUCUGUCCUCCCCGCCUCCACUCCUCCCAGCACCAGCCAAGACGUCCCCAUGUCCUCUUCCUCCUCCAGCCUCCACCGCGGCUGCCCCAUCACCUCUCCCUCCGCACAUUCCAGUCAUCAGCCUCGGUCACAGCAAGCCUCCCCUGCCGCUCCCCAGCACCCCUCUGACCGCCCUCCACCCCAUCCCCAACCUCAUCCACGGGCCCCACGGGGACAUUCGGCGCAGCCAGCAGACUGUUUUAUCCAUGGUUGGCCCCAUAACAUCAGGAUUAUCUGGGUGUCCUGGAGGCCCACCAGCUGCUUCCCCCGGGCCCCUGUUGGCUCAACAGUAUCUGCCUGCACACACCUUCCUCACCAGCUCUUACCUGGGACCUGCAGGAGGAAACUAUGGUGUCGUCAACAACAGUCGCAUAAAGAGAAGGCCGUCGUCACACUUCGAGAUGGAGAUCAACGACUGCCCUCCUCAGAAACUCGCCCGCCGGGUCUUCACCAACAGCCGCGAGCGCUGGCGGCAGCAAAACGUUAACGGCGCGUUCUCCGAGCUGAGGAAACUGAUCCCCACACACCCGCCCGACAAGAAGCUCAGCAAGAAUGAAAUCCUGCGCCUGGCGGUCAAGUACAUCAACUUCCUGGUCACUCUGCUCCACGACCAGGCCCAGGACGAGGGCAGGGACUCGGGGGAGGACAGCGCCGAGGACGGGUGCACCGGGGCCGGGGUGGGCAGGAAAAGACAGAAGUCUCUUUUUCAGCGUGAGACUCCGCCCGCCACGGUGACGACCCACAGAGACUCAAUGGACUCRGUCAUCGGCCUGGCGAACUCCCCAGCAACGUCAAGCUGCUAUGAAGACACGGACAGCGAGGAGAGGUUUGGGGCUAAGACCUCUGYGGAGACCCAUGACAUUAUGGGAAAGGUCAAAGGUUAGAUAAGGAUGGUUGCUGGAAAUGACGAGCAGUGACAUCUGUAGACGGCAGCCAAACAUCACACGGACAGACUGGAAAAAUAGUUUGAGGAGGUCGAGUGAAUCCUCCUACAGUCAUCAAAUCAUCAGCAGCUUAAAAUAAUGUGAAUAGGAGUUGGAUUUUGGGUGCAGUUUGUGAUUUUUAACAGUUUGAGUUUUUCUCCGGGAAAAGUGUGAGAUUCUGAGCAAUAAUUAAAACACGUUACAGAGGACUGGAAAGAUCAAAUAAACCAAUUAAAAACAAAACAA